AUGUCUACAGAAGAGAAACUCCAACCCGAGUCCGCCACCACUCCGGGCGACACAGUGCACUCCACCACCCCCGAUGUCGACGGCCCCGCCCCGCGCCCGGCCGGCUGGAUGUACAAGGGCUUCCGCGUACGUGGCCAUGAGCUGUGGUACGCUUCCCCGCGCAUCCAGCUGUUCAUGGUGUCCUUCAUCUGCUUUCUGUGCCCCGGCAUGUUUAACGCCCUGACCGGUCUCGGCGGCGGUGGUCAAGUCGACACAAAGGCCCAGACCGACGCCAACACCGCUCUCAACUCCACCUUCGCUGUCGUCGCUUUCUUCGCCGGCACUGUCGCCAACCGUCUCGGCCUGCGUCUCACCCUUGCUCUCGGAGGCUUGGGAUACUGCAUCUACGCUGCGUCCUUCCUGUGCUACUCUCACACUGAGAACCGCGGCUUCGUCAUCUUCUCCGGCGCCUUCCUCGGUGUCUGCGCCGGUCUUCUGUGGACCGGUCAGGGCGCCAUCAUGAUGUCCUAUCCCACCGAGAAGGAGAAGGGCCGCUACAUCUCAUGGUUCUGGAUGAUCUUCAACCUUGGUGCCGUCAUCGGCUCUCUGAUCCCCCUCGCGCAAAAUAUCCACACCAUCUCCGGCCCCGUGUCCGACGGCACCUAUGCCGCCUUCAUCGUCCUCAUGUUCCUCGGCGCCGUUAUCGCCCUGUUCAUGUGCGACGUCCCCAAGGUCUACCGCGAGGACGGCUCCAAGGUCAUCAUGAUGAAGAACCCCACCUGGCAGUCCGAGUUCAAGGGUCUCUGGGAGACGCUCUACAACGAGCCCUGGAUCCUCCUCCUCUUCCCCCUCUUCUUCACUUCCAACAUCUUCUACACCUACCAGACCAACAACAUGAACGCCGGUCAGUUCAACGUCCGCACCCGCGCCCUCAACAACCUGCUCUACUGGCUCUUCCAGAUCUUUGGCGCCCUCAUCUUCGGCUACGCCCUCGACCUGCACUCUGUCCGCCGCAGCGUCCGCGCCAAGGGCUCUUACAUCGCUCUUACCGUGCUCACCAUGGUCAUCUGGGGUGGCGGCUGGGCUUGGCAGAAGGAGCAGCCCACUCGUGAAGCUGCCGGUGCGAAGGACUUCGUCAAGAUCGACUGGACCGACGGUGGCUCCACGUACCUUGGCCCCAUGUUCCUCUACAUCUUCUACGGCUUCUUCGACGCUGUCUGGCAGACUUGCAUUUAUUGGUACAUGGGUGCUCUGUCCAACUCCUCGCGCAAGGCCGCCAACUUGGCUGGCUUCUACAAGGGAAUCCAAUCCGCCGGUGCCGCCAUCUUCUGGGCCCUCGACUCCAACAAGGAGCCGUACGACACCAUGUUCGGCGCCACCUGGGGCUGCCUCGCCGCCGCCCUCAUCAUCGGCGCCCCCAUCAUCUUCUGGAAGAUCAAGGACACCGUCGCGCUCGAGGACGACCUCAAGUUCACCGACGAGACCAUCGCGGACGUCGUUGCGCCAGGCACGAUCGAGCCCAAGCCCGAGAAGGAGGUUGCCUAA